AUGUCAAGUGUUGUUAAGACUGCUUCCACCAAGUUAGAUUGGGCCAAGAUCAUCACCACUUUGGGAUUAACUGGCCAAACUUCUGCAUCAUUGACUUCAUUCAAGAAGAGAAACGAUGAAGCCAAAAAGGAAUACAUUUCAUUGACUGAGCAAUCCACUGAAGUUGACUUCGCUCACUACAGAUCUGUCUUAAAGAACUCCAAGGUCAUCGACGAAGUUGAAAAAGCUGUCCAAUCUUUCAAGCCAAUCACAUACGAUGUCUCUAAGACCAUCAAGACCAUUGACCUUUUCGAACAAAAGGCCAUUGAAAAUGCCAAGUUGACUGCCAAGUCCGUUACUGAGGAAAUCAAGCAAUUAGAAGAAACCUUAAAGGAUAUUGAAGGUGCCAGACCAUUCGACCAAUUGACCGUCGAAGACGUUUCAUCUGCCAGACCAGACUUGAACGAAAAGGUCACUUACAUGGUUAAGAACGGUAAGUGGAACGUUCCAGGUUACAAGGAAAAGUUCGGUGAUUUGACUGUUAUGUAG